AGUUGAAAAGGUCUCUGAUGCACUGAUAUGAAACAGAAAAAUGUGGAACAUGACAUUUAUCGCAACCCAGUGAGCUCAAACUGGCUUCCUGUUCUCACAGGAUUUCCCCUCACAUUACCCUCUUACUCAAUAUAAAUGUUAGAUGUUUGUAUUUCUCCUCACACACAGUCCUCACAGCAAAGCAUGAGAGAGGACAGUAGCUCAGACAAGGUGUUAUAUAACUUUUGACUUGGAUUUACUGUUGCAGUUAUACACAGACGGAGUUCUGCAAUUGAAGGUUGUCCGUUACACAGUCGUCGAAGCCUGAACCCAGAUUCUACAGAGGUUUUCUCCAAUGGCGUCCAACUCCACCACCAUCUCCCAGCAGUCCUCCCCUCCCUACUUUACUCUGCCCAUCAGUGCCUCGGCAUGGGGCGGCAUCGUCAUCCUCACCCUGGCGCUUUUGCUCGGCUUUCCCGGGAACCUGUUUGUGGUCUGGUCGGUGCUGUGCCGGGUGAAGAAGCGCUCAGUGACCUGCUUGUUAGUGCUGAAUCUUGCUCUGGCGGAUGCUUUCGUGCUGCUCAGUGCCCCUCUCUUCCUGCGGUACCUGGCUGGAGGUCGAGGUUGGGAGUUUGGAUCCGCGGCAUGCAAGCUAGUGCAUUACCUGUCAAGCGUGAACAUGUACGUGUCCAUUUACCUGAUCUGCCUGAUGAGCAUGGACCGCUGGUUGGCUGUGACCAGACCUUUCAUGUCCCAGAGGAUGAGAACCAAACGUACCCUGCUGCUUCUCCUACUGGGGGUGUGGUGGUUAGCGUUCAUCCUGUCACUGCCGAUGCCUUUCUACCGCAGCAAUGUUGAGAAAACAUUUUCAGUCAAUGUCACUCUACGCUUUUGUGUGGUGAGCCACGGGGGCAGCGUGGGCCACCGGGUGUUCCAGUACCUGUUCGAGACCAUCAUGGCCUGCCUGGUGCCCUUCUCCCUCAUCAACACCUGUUACUCCUCCGUCAUUUGCCGUCUGCAGAGUGCAAAGUUCCAGCGCAGAGGGCAGGGCAGCCGCCUCAUCUUGAUGAUCAUCUGCACAUUUGCGAUAUUCUGGCUGCCCUAUCACAUCGUCAACGUCAUAGAGGUAGCCGGUCUGUUGACAAAAAAGGAAUCGGUGGUCCUUGCUGCCACUACAGCCCGUCCAAACGUCACGGCCUUUGCUUACUUCAGCAGCGCUGUAAACCCCAUUCUCUACGUGUUCGCCGGCAGCUCCCACAUCCGCCAGGCCGGUCUCAGCUUCAUGGGCAAGCUCUUCGAGGCGACCAACUCUGAGGGCAGAACGACGUCUUUCUUUACCCGUAGUAGCAGAAGCGGCUCUUCCCCAGACGAGGGCUCUGUCCUGCACACAUUGUCGGUCAAACUUGGGAGGCCUUUCAAAGCCAAGGACAAGGAGAGGAGCUGCAGUUUGGCAGACACAGGGUUCAACGAGUCAGAAGUCAGGACUCUGGCAAGUGUUGACCAGUUGGAGUAGUGAUGAAGCUGUUUUCAAAGCAACCUUGCUUGGACUUCUUUUGUUGAUUAAUUACAAAGUUUUGUUAAGGAGGUGUUCGCAGACCCAACUAUUUCAUAAACUAGGUGCGUAGGGCGACAAAUCACUUGAAAAGAAAAAAAAUCCUGCCCACACAUUGCCAGGUAUCUCCAAUGUUUUAGAAGAAUCCCAACGUGUCGGCCCCUCUGAGCCUAGAGCACACUUGACAAAGGUUCAGAGGGACCGAAACGUUGUGAUUUUUCUAAUAUUAAUUGGUGAUACUUAGCAAGAGAAGUGUGCAUGAUUUUUUUAUUUUCUAGUUGAUUAAUUACACAAAUUAUGUCGCCUAGUAAUUUUGUAUUUUUGUAUUUUUUUUACUCUAAUGAAAAAAAGUUGCCUCCAGUAGGCAGUUAUAACAUUGUCACACGUCAAACACCAACUUCUAGAAGUGUCUCUUUCAAGACAGUCUCUUGCUUGUUCUCCAUUUGAGUAUGUUAAUGUGAGGAACUUGAUUAUUUGUAUAUAUUUAUUUAAAUGGCUAAUAAAGUUGUGUCGUUGCUUUUAAGACCUCAAUACUGGUGUGUAUGUGCUUAAGUCACUCCAAAACUUAAUAAAGUAUAAAUUAUUAUUAUCUGUAAAUAUUCCAACGACCUUCGGAUGGGUUGGCAUGAAAUUUGGUACAAAGUCUUAUGAUCCCCAAUGGAUGAAUCCUAAUGACAUCAUUUUGACUUUAAAGAAAUACUUUGACUUCUGUGAAGGUAGAUGGAUUGGUGCUAAACCUUUGUGGGCAUUCGGAUAAUGCAUUAAAAAGACCAACAACACCUCGCUGUUGGUAUGGGGUUUCCAUGACAUCAAUUACAACUCAAGGGUCGAUUAUCCUAAAUGUAGUACUCUUAUUGAUGUAACCCUCGGUUUUAUAUUCACAGACUUUCAAUGUUUUUUUUUUUCCCCCUAAGUUGUCAAAUAGAGACGCCAAUGGGCUUUCUUUCAAAUCAUGAUCAAUCUGAAACGGCCUGUUUGGUAAGGUUCAGACUCCUAAACUAAUGGUUGGGUUUAAAAGAAAUGUAUAUUUAAUCCAUCAAAAAUUACAGAAGUGAGCGUUGAAUAGUUACUUCAUUAUUCUUUGCUUUUUCAUAGGACUUGUAGCCAAGUCUCCUGGAUGAAAGUCCUUUGUAAACAGUAUUUACCUGCCUUUUUACUAUUUAACACAGAGAAAAGCAUCUAAAACAGCAAACUGGUUUAGAUUUGGGUUACUUGAGAGUUCUGGUGCUCGCAUACAGACCCUUUCAGGAUAAGAAGUGAGCUGUUAAAGACACAAAGAGACUUGACAAACAGUUGGUGUUUGACGAUUAAGGGAAAAGAAUGGGCUGCGACUUCCCCUGAUUUCGACUUCCCCUUUUAUUCAAUUUUUCAGCCAUCAUCAGGUCUGUUCUUUCAUUUGUUAAGCACAUCGGUUUAUGACCCAACACCUCCAAACUGUUGACUGUCUCUUGAGCUUCAUUUGUACUUUAUAUUUAGUGCCAAAUAUCAAAUCCUAGCUUGCUAACCCGCUAAAGUAACAUGUGAAAUAUUGAACCAGCUAGCAUAAGCAUUUAAUUUUAAGCACCAUUGUGUGAGUAUAACCUUACAGAGAUCGCUUGGCUAUACUUUGAUGUGAAGAAAAUGCCCUUUAAGAGUUACAACACCUAAAAACAUUUUAACAGGUCUUUUCUUAAUUUUCAAAUCAAAGCAUUGAGUGUCCAAAAAUAUACACAUUUCAUAUCAUCUACUAAUUUUGUAUGAUUUCUUAAACCCUUUUUCACUAAACGCAAAUGUUUGUAUGAUACAAGGUUGACCUAUAUGUAAAAAAAUGUAUAGCUUACAUUGUUAAAGCUAUGUGGGUAUUGCUAGGCAAGUUGUAUGUGCUAUGUUUUUAUUUUAUUUAUAGUAGUGUAUGUGACUUAAACCUAAAAAAUAAUUCAUAAAGUGCCACGUGAAUAGUAUAUUUCUACUGCUUAUUUUGUACGAGAGGUUUAUAUUAGUAUAUUAAGUGCUUUUCUCAGGUGUAUGGAAUUAUACUGUUACUACUUAUGUAAUGCUCAGCUGAAUGAACAAAGCCUUACGAAAUCAA